AUGUCAUCCCAAAAGAAGCGCCCCUUCUCCUCCACCCUCGACUCCAACCCUUCCCACGCCCCCUACGCCCUCAUCGGCACCCCACUCCCCGCCUACGACCCCGAGGCGCGCGACGACGGCUCCUACGUCCCCAUCUGGAAACAAGAAGUCACCGACGAGCGCGGGCGGAAACGGCUCCAUGGCGCUUUUACCGGCGGCUGGAGCGCGGGGUAUUUCAAUUCGGUUGGUUCAAAGGAGGGAUGGACGCCCUCUACGUUUAUGAGCUCGAGGGGGAAGAAAGGUGGAGAUGAUGAUGCAGGGAAGGAGAAGCCGAAAGGGCAAAGGGUGGAGGAUUUCAUGGAUGAGGAGGAUUUGGCUGAGCGGGCGGAGGGUGAGGUGAUUUCCACACAAGACGGGUUUGCGGGCCUGGGAGGUGGGAGGAGGGCGGGGGCAGAGGGAGGGAUGUUUACUGAUUUGUUUCGCGCAACGGGCGAGACGAUGGGCGUGAAGCUGUUGCAGCGCAUGGGGUGGCGGGCUGGACAGGGCAUUGGGCCGAAGGUGAGGAGGAAGGCGAAGGGGGAUGAGAAGGGGGAGGUGCAUUUGUUUGCGCCGGAGGACUCGAGGAUGAUUGGGUUGGGGAAGAAGAAGGAUCGGAAGGGCCUGGGGUUCGCUGGGGAGGAGAAGCUGGGCAGUGGUGAGGCGGAGGCGAAGGAGGAGGAAGAGGACAGCGAAAGGGACGCAAAGAUGAUGCCUUCGGGCCGCUCGAAGGUGCUUGUCAAGCCGAAGCAAAAGUUGAAGAAGAGUGGGUUCGGUAUGGGCGUGCUGAAUGACACAGGUUCCGACGAUGAAGACGCUUACGAUAUGGGUCCGAAGAUCAGCUACAACCGCAUAAUUGGCGGCGACAAGAAGAAAAAGGGCCUGCUUGCCACCAACGCCAACCCAGCAGUCCAGCAGAAACCGACCUUCGGCGCGUCGAAGAAGCUCACCAAGCAAACCAACUCUCUCGCUGGCUUCCGAAAAUGCCACGACGGUCGCCUGCCACUUGACGGCUUCGUCUUGACAACAGCACCUCUCACCUUACUCCAGGAGAACAAGUACCCUCCUCCCACAGUCCCAGAAGGCUGGCAACCAUCCCGGCUCUCGCAAACCACCUCCAACACAGUCACCUCAAGACCCAACACCUCAACAGACCUCCAAACUCUCGACCCAAAAUCGCGCGCCGCAAUCCUAGGCGAACAACCCCUCCCCGGCAAAUCCAUCUUCUCCUUCCUCACCCCCUCCGCCCGCGACCGUCUCGCCACUGCCACAAAUCGCAAAGACCUCCCUCCAGCACUCAGUGAGAAAGCUCCGCCAGGUUUUGAGCUCAGCGAGGCGGAUCGCCAGAAAUCUCUCUCGGAUCUCGUGCCGGAGCUCGAUAAGGCGACUGCGGCAGCUGCGUUGCAGAGGUUGGAUGGUGAUAGUAGAGGCGGCUGGGCGCCCUACUCGGAAGACGCGGCGAAGCGAGAUCGGUAUCGGUAUUUUCUCUCCCUUCGCGCUGGAACCGAAACGAUACUCCCGCCUCGUCCCGAAAGCAUGGCGCUCGACGACUGGAGUAGAGAGUUGACCGAGUUCAAACGCGCAGCCGAAGUCUUCGGCCCCAUCUCCAGCGCCAUGUCCGGGCGCUUCACUUCCAGCGGCGUCGCAGGCAGUUCGCCCUCGACAGGCCAGGGUGUAGGAGGAGGGAGAGAAGAAGAUCCAGCAGAAAAAGCAGCCAAACUCGGCAUGUUCGGUCCCAUGACACGGAGCACAAUCGACUUCUACCCGACACGCUUACUGUGUAAACGCUUCAACGUCCGGCCUCCAGCACACGUCAGCGGUGAGACGGAUGCGAGCGGAGCCGGCAACGGUGCAGGCGGUAGUAGUGCUGGCAAGAGCAGCAUGCCCGGCCUCGACCGCAUGAUCCGGGACGGGGGCUUCAAAGCGUCUUCUUUCGUGUCCGGCGGGAUGGAAGGUGGAGAGAAGGAGAGAGGAGAGGCGUUGGUGACGAGCGAAGGGUUGAGAGAGUCGAGGGCGAGGAGGGGGGAGGUGGAUGUGGAGAGGAAUGAGGCGUUGGAGGGCAUGAGGGCGGGGGAGGCGGUUUUUAGGGCGGUUUUUGGGGGUGAUGAGGAUGAGGAGGAGGAUCAGUGA